CCUGCCCAGCCUGGUUCCUGUCCAUCGUAGCUUUCCUCAUCAUGCCAGAGCUCCCUGGCUCCCGCCUCUCCAUCACCUGCAGACCGCGAUCUCCCGCGGCGUCUUGGUGGGCUGGGGGCUGCAGGGUGCCGGGCACCGCGUUCCUGCUGCUUACUUAUCUGGCUUACCUGGUGCUGGGCACGAGCGUGUUCUGGGCGCUGGAGGGUCCCGCGGCCCAGGACCCUAGCCGCAGCUUCCAGCGCAGCAAGUGGGAGCUGCUACAGAACUACACGUGUCUGGAUGGUCCGGCGCUAGACCUGCUGAUCCGGGGCGUCAUUCAAGCUUACAAAGAUGGGAGGAGCCUCCUGGGAAAUACCACCAACAUGGGGCGUUGGGAGUUUGUGGGCUCUUUCUUUUUUUCUGUGUCCACCAUCACCACUAUCGGCUACGGAAACCUGAGCCCGCAGACCAUGGCUGCCCGUCUCUUCUGCAUAAUCUUUGCUCUCAUUGGGAUUCCUCUCAAUCUGGUUGUGCUCAACCGGCUGGGCCACCUCAUGCAGCGCGGGGUGCACAAAUGUGCCCACCGUCUAGGGGCCCGCUGGCAGGACCCGGCCCGGGCACGGUGGCUAACCGGCUUCGCUGCGCUGCUCUCGGGCAUCCUGCUCUUCCUGUUGCUCCCUCCACUUCUUUUCUCACACAUGGAGGGUUGGAGCUACGUGGAGAGCUUCUACUUCGCCUUCAUCACUCUCAGCACCGUGGGCUUGGGGGACUACGUGACCGGCAUGGAUCCUUCUCGCAACUACCCUCCGUGGUACAAGAACAUUGUGUCCCUGUGGAUCCUCUUUGGGAUGGCGUGGCUAGCUCUGAUCAUCAAACUCAUCCUGUUCCAGUUCGAGACACUGGGGGACAUGGGCACCUGCUCGCCCUGUGUACGCUGCCCGCCCCGCCCACGCUGCUCCAGGAGGAACUUGAAGGCCCCAAACUGGAGGACAAGCCAAGAAGGGAAACAUGGGGUUUCAUGGCCAGGCUGCUGUUUUGAGGGGCCUGAGGGAGUCACACAGCAUCUAGAACCUUCUGCUCAGGUUAUGAACUGUGACACCUAGGUGUAUUGCACAAUUGCUGGGCCUCUCUUUUCAGACCUCUGAUUUUAGGCAAUAUCCUUCUUUUCAGGGAGG